UUCUGCCAGGCAGGAGAAACGCAGCAGUGGCCCCAUUUGGAGAACAAAUGGAACAAGUCAAGCGAAGCCAAGGAAGCUGAAGAGCAGGAGGCUGUGUUUGCCUCUGUGUGUGUGUGUGUGUGUGUGUGUGUGUGUGUGUGUGUGUGUGUGUGUUUUAAUGGGUCCCAGCUAUUCCCGACAAUGCGGUAGGCAGGCGCAUAGAAAUAGCAAGGAAUGCGAGCCGGAGGAGGAUGCUUCUAAGCUUCUGAGCGUCCCAGGGAGAAGCAGCUAGAGAAGACUCGGAGGACCAAGGCUGCAGACCGUGUGGGGCUCAGUUCAGCUCGCCCGACAUGCUGUGGGUCCCCACCACGCUCCUGGUUCUUUCCCACCUAAGCUGGGUCCCCUCUGCAGUGGGACGCUCCCUUUCGCUCACACCUGGACCUUCCCAGGAGAUGCUCGGGGACACCACGGCCAACUGGACCACGGCUGUGCCCCAGGGGGUCUCUCCUUCGGUUUCCACAGCUGGGGCCAGAGAAGAAAAGGGCCCGGGGCCCACGGAGCCCUCCCAAAUCUCGACAACUCUGCCCAGGACUCAAGAUGAUCUGGAGGUGCCACCGUCUCCCAGCGGCACCACAAGAGGGAGGGUCUCCACCGAGACCCCAAGGGUCAGCAAAGCUCCGAAAAAACGUCUCCGGGUCAAAAUAAUCAAGAAGAAGGUUUUGAAGAAGAAGACCCAAAAGCUGCUAAAGCCGGAAUCGGGCACCCCAGAGGCAUCCGAAUGCCCUCCUCUGGGUCUGGAGUCUCUCAGAGUCCGGGACUCCCAACUGCGAGCUUCCAGUUCCAAGCGGGACGGACUCGGGCCCCACCGUGGGCGCCUCAACAUCCAGUCUGGAAUUCACGAUGGCGAUUUGUACGACGGAGGUUGGUGCGCCGGAUACAACGACAAGGACCAGUGGCUGGAAAUUGAUGCCCGGCGUCUGAUGCACUUCACCGGAGUGAUCACCCAAGCGCUGAACUCCAUCUGGACGUACAGCUGGGUGACGUCGUAUAAAAUCCAGUUUAGCAACGACACUCAUCGCUGGAGGCCUUCCAAGAAUGGGAGCCAAGAAGUGAUUUUCCCAGCCAACAAGGAACUCGAGACCCCCGUCCUCAAUUUGCUGCCCGAGCCGGUCGUUGCACGUUACAUCCGGAUCAAUCCCCAAACCUGGUUCGAGAACGGGACGAUUUGCUUGAGAGCAGAGAUCCUAGGAUGUGCCCUUCCAGAUCCCAACAACAUUUAUCCGUGGGAACACACCCCUGGCACCAACGAUAAAUUGGAUUUUAGGCAUCACAACUACAAGGAGAUGAGGAAGCUGAUGAAAAAAGUCAGCGAGGCUUGUCCGGAUAUCACCAGGAUAUACAGUAUCGGGAAAAGUUACCUGGGGUUGAAAAUGUACGUCAUGGAGAUUUCAGACAACCCUGGGCAGCACGAAGUAGGAGAACCGGAGUUCCGCUACGUGGCCGGCAUGCACGGCAACGAAGCGCUGGGCCGGGAGCUGGUGCUGAACCUGAUGGAGUAUCUGUGCCAGGAAUUCAAGAAGGGCAACCCUCGCGUCCGGAGGCUGGUCACCGAGACCCGGAUCCACCUGAUGCCCUCCAUGAACCCCGAUGGUUACGAGACGGCCUACAAGCUGGGCUCGGAGCUGUCCGGCUGGGCGAUAGGCCGAUGGACGUACGAAGGCUUUGAUCUCAACCACAACUUUGCGGACCUCAACACGGAGCUGUGGGAUGCCGAAGACGCCGAGCUGGUGCCCCACAAGUUCCCCAACCACUACAUUCCCAUCCCGGAGUCAUAUACCUUCCCCAAUGCCACGGUUGCCCCAGAAACCCGGGCGGUUAUCAGCUGGAUGCAGCGCUACCCCUUCGUCCUGAGCGCCAACCUGCAUGGAGGGGAGCUGGUGGUCACCUACCCCUUCGACAUGACCCGCACCUAUUGGAAAGCCCAGGAGCUGACCCCCACCGCUGAUGACGCCGUCUUCCGAUGGCUGGCCCAUGUCUAUGCCACCUCCAACCUGGUGAUGGUGGAUGACGAACGGCGGCUGUGCCACUACGAGGACUUCAUGCAGGAGGGAAACAUCAUCAACGGAGCCAACUGGCACACCGUGCCGGGAAGUAUGAACGACUUCAGCUACCUGCACACCAACUGCUUUGAGGUGACCAUCGAGCUCUCCUGCGACAAAUUCCCGCACGAGUCGGAGCUUCCCCAGGAAUGGGAGAACAACAAGGAAUCCCUGUUGCUCUACAUGGAACAGAUCCACCGAGGGAUUAAGGGGAUCGUCCGGGACAAAGACACGGAGCAAGGACUCGCCGAUGCCAUCAUUUCCGUUGAUGGCAUCAAUCAUGACAUCAGGACAGCUUUCGAUGGGGACUACUGGCGCCUGCUCAACCCCGGCGAAUACGAGGUGACCGCCACGGCCGAGGGCUACCACCCCGUCACCCGAACCUGCCACGUCACUUACGAGGACAACCCCACCGUCUGCGACUUCCGCCUGACCAAGACCCCCAAGCAGCGUCUGCGAGAGAUCCUGGCCAAGGGCGGGAAGGUGCCCAAGGACCUCGCUCUGCGCCUGCGCCAGCUUCGCCUGCGCCAACUGCAGGCCCAGGGACAGGCCCAGUGAGGGCAAGGAAGGGCCCCCGAGGAGAAGGUGGCUCUCGGGCCCUUCUUCUGCCUGGGGCCCUUUCGGUUUGGGGAGGCUGCGAGAAUGCCGGCCCUCGGCCCACAAACGCUGAAUGCGCCUCCUGGAACUUUCAAUAGAACUGAGAUCUCCUAGCCUGGCAUUUUACAGAGAAAUAUUGUUGAUAGCUUCACAAAUACCUGAAUAUUUCUCUUUCCUUCUUUCCUUCCUUCCUUUCUUCCUCUUUUCCCCUCUCUUUUGUUUCCGUUUACUUCCUCCAUUUCCUUUCCCUCCUUCCUUUCUCUUUCUCCUUCCUUCAUUCCUCCACUUCCUUCCUUCCUUUCCUUCUUUCCUUUCAUAGUCUUUCUCUUAGCAUUUCCUUCCUCCCUCUCUCUCUCUCCUUUAUUUCCUUUUCCCCUUUCUUUCUUUCUUUCUUCCCUUCUUUCCAUCCUCUACACUUCCUCCCUCCCUCUCCUCCCUCUUCUUCCUGCUUUCUUCUCCUCCCCUUCUCCUUCCUUUCCCCUUCACUCCUUCCUUCCUUGCUUCCUCUCAUCCCCAUCUCAUUUCCUUCCUUCCCUUCUUUCCUUCCUCUUCAUUUCCUUCUUCCCUGUUUCUCUCGCCUCCCUUCCUUUCUUCCUUGCUUCUUCUCAUCCCAUUUUCCUCCCUCCCUUCCUCCCUCCAUUCUUAGAUUCCUCUCAUCCCCAUCUCCUUCCCUUCCUUUCUCCACACUUUGUUCCUUCCUCCCUCCCUCUCUCCUCCCUUUUUUUCUUGCUUUUCCUUCCUUCCUUCUUCCUUCCUUCUUUCCUUCCUCCCUCCCUUCUUCCUUCUUUGCUUC